GUUCAACCGAUGGAUGAAAACCGACGUAACGUCUCCUCCGUUUCCUCACCGUAAAUCCAUCAGAUAUUUUUUCUACAGGAAGGUCACCGUUUUCUACCUGUCGGUAUGGCGAUGUCCAUGUUUCAGAAGGUGACCCUCGCGACGUGUCUCGUGCUGUGUGUCGCGCUGCUGCUGCCAAAGAUCCUGUUAUCCCGCGGGAGGAAGGAUGCUGCUGAUCGGCCGGAGGGCUCAGGUAGUUUCCCUCCAAAGGCAAACCGUCAGUCGGCUUCGGAGGGUCAAAGCCAGAGGGCUGCAGCCUCCAGCUUCUCCAGAGCCCACAACACCGAGGCCAUAGCGAGGGCCAAGGGAGCAGGGACGGGGGCGGGAACCGGGGGAAAGUCCAACCUGGCAGGACAGAUCAUCCCUGUGUAUGGCUUCGGGAUCUUACUCUACAUCCUCUACAUACUGUUUAAGAUCACAUCGAAGGGAAACAACAAACCAACAGAGAGCAGGUUUCCUUCAGUUCGCUCAGAGAACAUGAAGAGAAAGAUCUCUGACUUCGAGUUGUCUCAGCUGCAGGACAAACUGAGGGAGACCGAGUUGGUGAUGGAGAAUAUCGUUUCCUACGCCAACCACAGCCCUGACAGGGUGAAGGGGGUGACGGCGGAUCAGGAGGAGAGUCUCCUGCAGCAGCUGACGGAGAUAACUCGGGUGAUGCAGGAGGGCCAGCUGGUGGAAGACAUGGUUCCAGAGAAGAAGAACCAGGAGGACUGGGAAGAAGCUUCCGCAGAUUAUCCUGAGGAGCCACAGCAGCACUGGGAACAUUCCCGCUGCUCUUGUCAGCACAGUCAGCAGCACCAGACGGAGACGGAGGCUGAGAAGACACGAGCUGAUGGAGCCGACCCGGCACACCUUCCUGAGGACGUUAUGGCAGGAGAAGAGGCGGCUGAGGGAGCAGGGGAUCUGAAUACAGAGAGAGAAUCAGAUCUUACAGCAGUGAGUGAAGAGAGGGCGGAGCCAGAGGGGGCGGCGCCAGAGGGGGUGGAGCCAGAGAGGGUGGAGGUGCGGGAACACAAGGGUGAAAUCGAUCUGGGAGUCCCAGAGGAGGACCUGGCUGGAGUCCUGGAGGAGCUGGAGCUCACACUUAAGAUGACGUCCAUGAUAGAGCAGGAGAAGAUGGAGGACCUCACCAGGACGACGGAGACGGACACUUCCUGCCGACGGAGGAACAAGAGGAGGAGAGCAAAGAAAGCCUCACACUGACUGCAUAUGAACUUCAGCCUGCGCCUGGUGUUUGUGAGCCACUUCUUCUUUAAACUGUUGUGUUGAAGUGAAUAAGUGAGAAAAUGUGCGUACACGGCAGUUUUACAUGAAUAAUAUCAGCUUCUGGUCUUAAAACGGUUCUUAAGGAACAACAGGGGCCUCAUUCAUAAAACCCUCACAAUCAAAUACAAGAACACGAGUCUGCAUAAUGUAUAAAUGUUUACUUCACCCUGGUGAGUGUUUGCUUUAUCUUUUCUUAUUAUCAGCGUCUUUCCCUGUAAUAUUUAAUCUAUUUUUACAAGUCCUUUGACCAGCACACACACAACUGAAUCAGGCCAUCUAAUAACACACUCCUAAUUAAUACGUUUAGGAAACAGUAUUUUGCAAAGAAAGGGAACUGUUGACAUUCCUUACAUCACUGUCUUUACUGGGCGACUGCCUUUUCUCGCCUGUUGAACUCACAAGUUAGAAACUUUCUGUCCAUUUUUAGACCUUUUAACCCCUUUAGUGUGACGACAUACGAUAUAUGCACUGUACGCUGUACGACAUGAAAGAAAAGGGGAGAAAUAGUUCCCUCUUGUCUCGUCAAUGUCUGCGAUGGAGAAAUCUCGUCUUCUGUACCGAUAAUAUUUUAAGCUUUUUAAACCUGCCGUGUUGUGUUCUAAAUUAUUUAAAAGAUUUUUACUUUUGUAAACUGAAUUUAUGUAUUCACUGUUGCACCUGGAGAUCAGGGAUUAAAAUACUAUGAUUAACUUAAAUAAAAUGUUCUGGGUUCUCGA